GCCACAGCCGGCAGCGCAGGCCUGGACCUCUGUACCACCUCCACCCGAAUACUGACCCCAGAAGAAGGCCCGGUAGUCCUCCCUACUGGUAAAUUCGGACCGCCACCCCCCGGUAUGUUUUUUCUGGUCAUUGGCAGAGCACUCACUACCUUGCAAGGCAUAGUGGUGUACCCCACCCUUGUUGACAACGACUACACGGGAGAAAUUAAGCUCAUAAUUGAAUCUCCACAUGGCCCUAUUACCAUCCCUGCAGGCCAACGUUUAGCCCAAGCCCUUCCCCUCCCUCUGAUUGGUAACUUUCCAGCUGCCACCCAGAAACGGGGCCCUUCCUCACCCGACUCCUCCAACAUUUACUGGGUUCAGCAACUCACGGAGUCUCGACCCACAUUACAAUUAAAAAUUGAGGGCAAAACUUUUCUUGGGCUGUUAGACACAGGGGCAGACUCUACUGUUAUCCCACAAGCCCAUUGGCCCCAUACCUGGCCCCUUCAACCCUCCAAUACCCACUUAUCGGGCAUAGGACAGGUCCAAGACACCCUUCAAAGUUCUAAACUCCUCAACUGGCAAGAUACUGAGGGCAAUAGUGGCACUACCCGCCCCUAUGUAGUCGCGGGACUCCCCGUUAAUCUUUGGGGCAGAGAUAUUCUAGCUCAGAUGAGGCUCCUCAUGGUGAGCCCCAGUGAUGCUGUCACUACCACGAUGCUGAAAUCUGGGUACCUCCCAGGCAAAGGCCUUGGUAAGAACGAACAAGGCAGCUUACACCCAAUAUUCCCCCCGGCCCAAACCGACAAAAAAGGAUUCGGGUCAAAAAAUUUUUCCUAA